CCCUCUGGCACUGAAACCUCACUGCAUUGGGCAUUGGCUAUCACCCUGAAGAGUGCUGGUGAUACAUGGGUGCAUGUAGUGGAGCUGCCUUGCAUCCCAUGUGUUCUCCAGAGUGAAAGCUGCUGUUGCGCUAUGAGGCCCGUGGGCUUUGUGCUCCUCUUCACGGUGCAACUGGUGGUGCAGGUGGACUCAAAGGGUACCUGGUGCUACGACUCUCAGGACCCAAUGUGUGGCCCCACCCACUGGAAGGAGCUAGCACCUGCCUGUGGGGGUCCAACCCAGUCCCCCAUCAACAUAGACCUCCGCCUGGUCCAGCGGGACUCCAAUCUUGGGCCCUUCAUCUUUCAAGGCUAUGACUCAGCACCUCCAGGCCCAUGGACCCUCGAGAAUGAUGGCCAUACAGUGAUACUCCACAUGGACACUGGUCCACAGAGCCCCCUGAAGAUCUGGGGGGCCGGGCUACCAUCACCUGCCUACCGAGCACUACAGCUGCACUUCCACUGGGGGAGUCCAGGACACACAGGCUCUGAGCACAGCCUGGAUGGGCAGCGGAGCUCCAUGGAGAUGCAUGUGGUCCACAUAAGUAAGUACCAGAGCAUGGGGGAGGCACGACGUCACCCAGAUGGGCUCGCAGUGCUGGCUGUGCUGUUGACGGAGCAGGACCAAGACAACUCCAACUUCUCUGCUAUUAUGUCAGUCCUGAAGAACGUGUCUUCACCCGGAAUCUUGGUGAAUCUGACAUCUACCUUCCCAUUGGCCUCUCUGCUGCCUGACUCUUCGGGGCUCUUGCACUACUAUCGCUACUCGGGGUCACUGACCACACCAGGCUGUGAACCCACAGUGCUCUGGACCAUUUUUGAGACUGCCAUACCCAUCGGACAUGCGCAGGUGGCCCAGUUCCAGACCUUACCUCGGGCCGGGCUCAGGCUGCUCACUGAUAAUUUUCGCCCCCAGCAGCCCCUGGAAGGGCGUAGGGUCUCUGCCUCACCCAGAGCCAUGAUCCAUGCUGCAGCCUCACCCCUGAUCCUAACCCUGGCUGGUGUACAUCAGACUCUACUGGGCCUGGGGCUCUGUGUGUGGCUGUGGCUGGGACCUAGGAUACAGGCUUGACUCUCCUCCCAUAAUAAAUGAUGCAUACCCUGGCCUACUGGCAUGCUUGUUAUCCCAGCACUUGGAGGAGGAUUGCUACACAGUGAGCUCAAGGCCAGCCUGAACUACAUAA